AUGUCAACUCCUCCCACUGUAACCCAGAUUGACUCGCAGGUCGAGCAACAUGGCUUGAAGAAGAUUGCCAGCGGCAAGGUUCGUGAGAUCUACGAAAUCGAUGCUCAGAGCCUCCUCUUCGUCGCCACGGACCGUAUCUCAGCAUACGAUGUGAUCAUGAAGAACGGUGUCCCUCAGAAGGGUGCUCUUCUUACUCUCAUGACUGCCCACUGGUUCAACCUGUUCAAGGAGAAGAUUCCCGAUCUCAAGACUCACUUGCUCAGCGCCUCUGUGCCUGCAUCGGUUGCCUCAUCUCUUCCUGCCGAGGUCAGCAACCAGCUGCGUCUGCGUACUAUGCAUGUUCGCCGUCUCAAGGUCUUGCCUUUAGAGAGCAUUGUUCGUGGUUACAUUACUGGUUCUGCUUGGUCGGAGUACAAGAAGACUGGUACUGUUCACGGCAUUGCCAUGCCCAGGGAUCUGCAGGAGAGCCAGAAGUUGGAGAAGCCUCUCUGGACCCCUAGCACUAAGGCCGAGGUUGGCGACAAGGAUGAGAACAUCAGCCCCGAGGAAGCCACCAAGAUUGUUGGUGAGAAGUACGCCAAGAAGAUUGAGGAGCUCAGUUUGAAGGUCUAUCAAAUCGUGAACUAUGCUGCCGAGCGUGGUAUCAUUAUUGCCGACACCAAGUUCGAGUUUGGCCUUGAUGUCGACACUGAUGAGGUUAUCCUUGUGGAUGAGGUCCUCACCCCUGACAGCUCGCGCUUCUGGCCUGCAGACAAGUACGAGCUUGGCAAGUCACAGGACAGCUUCGACAAGCAAUACCUGCGUGAUUGGCUGACCAAGGAGGGUCUUAAGGGCAAGGACGGUGUCGAGAUGACCGAUGCCGUGGUCAAGGAGACAGCCAAGAAGUACCGUGAGGCCUUUGAGAUGUUGACUGGCCAAAAGUGGGACGAAGUCGUCAAGAGCAAUGCCUAA